AUGUCAGCAAUAUCAUCAGAAAAUGUACUGGAUUUCUUGUCAUUACCAACAAAAAAAAAUAACACAGACAAAAAGGAUUCCAAAUAUGAGAAACUACUUUCUCGUGUGAAGGCCUUAGACAAUACGUUGACUGUAAAGAAACAGCGACAAGCUAUAUUAAAAUUAAUUGAUGAAAUGCUACCAUCAGAACCUCUUUUAAAGGAAAGGAUUUCCCAAUACGACAAUGUGGCGCAACUUUUUAGAACGGAAAAGCCAGCAUGUAUUCUUCUUUAUGGUGUUGAGGAAGAUUACGGAUAUUCCUUGCUAUAUCUUGCCAUGAAAUUCCUUGAAUGCAAAUCAGAUUUCACAAUAUAUGCAUCGUAUGAUUUAACAAAAAUAUCGCGUUCAGACGCAAAUGUCAUCAAUUCAGUAAUUGCAUGCAGCGGAAUAAAGCAGAUCAAAACAUAUUAUUCACAUCAAGCUUCUGCGAACUUCCUUACGGAGCUUUCUGCAAAGCAUCGCUUCGAAUGGAUUAUUAUCAACCAUCAGGAUCGGUUCAAUGAUGUUGAUAAUGUGAAAAUGUUGGAGUCAUUGUCGUUGGUGCAGCCUGGAAUUGCGUUACUUAAAAUUAAUGAUUUUUCAAUAGAUACUGAUUUUGAGGACUAUUUGCUGAACUCACCGAUGGUUAAACAGCUCUAUGCUGCCAAAUUCAAGAAUUCCAAGUAUUCAGGAAGAUGGAAUAUUCUUUAUGAGGGAGACGACUCUUCUGAAAAUCCAAAACUAUACCGCUGUGUGGAUUUUCUUGAUUGA